UAGUACAGCAGUAGGUUGUAUAUCUGACCACGAAUCAUUGUCCAGACCAGUCAUGUUGACUAUAAUCACGGCUGCUGGCGCAGCAAUCAUAGUCACAAUCUUUGGUAACAUUUUAGUGAUAAUGAGCGUUGUUCAAUAUCCACCCUUGCGAUCUGUUCCCAAUAUAUUUAUUGUAUCAUUAGCUGUAGCUGAUUUAAUGGUAGCUAUUGGCGUGCUACCGCUAAACGUAGUGUAUAACAUUACUGGAGUAUGGCAUUUUGGUGGUGUUGUUUGUAAACUAUGGCUAACGUGUGACGUACUAUGCUGCACAGCAUCUAUUCUCAAUUUGUGCGCAAUUGCUUUGGAUCGUUACCGAGCUAUAACUCAGCCUAUUGCAUACGCUCAAAAGCGAACAGUGUCUCGCGUAUUAUGGACAGUGGCCAUUGUAUGGCUAGCAAGUGCUGUUAUAAGUUCACCGCCGUUAAUUGGUUGGAACGACUGGCCAGAAGCAUUCGAUGAACAAACGCCAUGUGCGUUAACCACUCACCCUGGAUAUGUAGUAUACUCUUCUAUGGGUUCUUUCUACAUUCCACUAGUUGUGAUGAGCAUAACAUAUCUAAGAAUUUAUAUAGCUACGCGACGUAGACUGCGGAGAAGAGCUCGCGUAGCAUUACCUCAAAAUAACCAACAAAAAAUCCAG